AUGCCGUUCAUCGAUGCAGAGACUGCCCCUGCCCGUCCCCUCAAUGGCGAUCUCCGGCUCGAAGGAGACAAGGUGAUGCCCAUCGCCAUCGUGGGCAUCGGUGGACGGUUUCCUGGCGACGCGGCCAACCCAGAGAAGCUCUGGGAGCUCCUGUGCCAGGGCCGCAGCGCCUUGAGCGAGGUCCCCAAGGAUCGAUUCAAUAUCGACGCCUUUUAUCAUCCGCACGCUGAGCGCGCGGGGACACAGAAUUUCCGCGGCGCCCACUUCAUGAACAGGGCUCCUGAGGCGUUUGACGCGCCCUUCUUCUCCAUCACGCCCAACGAAGCCAAGGCCAUGGAUCCGCAGCAGCGGAUGUGUCUGGAGGUGGCUUAUGAAGCUAUGGAAAACGCGGGGAUCAGGAUGGAAGACGUGGUCGGUUCGGAUACGUCCUGCUACGUCGGUUGCUUCACACAGGACUACAACAAUAUGAUCUCACACGAUCCUGAGACAUUUCCUGCCUAUUUCCCCACAGGCGUGGCGGCUGCCUGUCUCUCAAACAGGGUCUCGUGGUUCUAUGACUUGCGCGGGCCCAGCAUGACGAUCGAUACGGCAUGCUCCUCGUCGCUGGUGGCCCUGCAUCUCGCCUGUCAGAGUCUGCGGACAGGAGAGUCGAAAAUGUCCCUCGUCGGCGGUGUCAACUUUAUGUGCACGCCCGAGUACAACACGACCAUGUCGACUCUCCACUUCCUCACUCCUGACAGCAAGUGCCAGACCUUUGAUGAAAAGGGCAACGGCUACGCUCGCGGCGAGGGAACCAGCUUCGUCGUCCUCAAGCCGCUGGAGAGGGCGCUCCGCGACAACGACGUGAUCCGAGCAGUGAUCCGCAACACGGGCUGCAAUCAGGAUGGCAACACGCCCGGCAUCACCCUACCCUCAGCCGAGGCGCAAGCCACCCUCAUCCGCCGUGUGUACGAGGAUGCUGGCCUCAACCUCGCGGACACAGGGUAUUUUGAAGCCCAUGGCACCGGGACCGCUGCCGGCGAUCCCAUUGAAACGAGUGCCUUGGGAGCAACCUUUGGCAAGGCUCGACCUCCGGACAAGCCGCUAUGGGUGGGUUCUAUCAAGGCCAAUAUCGGCCAUCUCGAGGGGGCGAGUGGAUUGGCUGGCGUCACUAAGGCUCUCUACGUUCUGGAAAAGGGAUUCAUUCCUCCCCAGGUCUGGUUGGAAACACUCAACCCGCGGAUCAAGCUGGAUGAAUGGAACCUCGCCAUCCCGCGUGAGCUGACUCCCUGGCCGUACGAAGGCCUACGGCGGGUCAGCAUCAACUCCUUCGGGUUCGGAGGCGCCAACGCCCAUGCCGUUCUCGACGAUGCCUAUCAUUACAUGAAGGCCCGCGGAAUCAAGGGCUUCCACCACACUACUAUUCCGGGCACGGAUGCCUUGAGCUCAGAUCAUCGGUCGGACUCGGACAUCUCGCUCUCGUUGUCGGACAGUCACUCGACGGAGGGUCUCGCCAUCAUCAAAACAGAGCUCAACAAGUCCGUCCCCAAACUCAUCGUGUGGUCCGCACACGAGCAAGGCGGCAUCAAACGCAUCGCCGACGCGUACGGCGGGUACGUCGAGGGGAGGCUGGAGUCGCUUGACGCCACCCAGGCCGAAGAAUUGUUGGAGGACGUUGCCUACACGAUGGCGGAACGACGCAGCAUUCUGCCGUGGAAAUCAUUCACCAUCAGUUCCUCGGUCCAGGAGCUCCGCGCGGGCCUGGACGAUGCAGCCAAGCCUAUCCGGUCAUCAGUUGUCCCCAAGUUAGGCUUCGUUUUCACAGGACAAGGUGCACAGCAUUGGGCCAUGGGACGAGAACUGUGGGCGUACGAUGUCUACUCGGAGAGUCUUCGCGCCGCGAGCACCCAUCUCACCUCUAUCGGCUGUCCGUGGUCGCUGGUAACAGAGCUCUUCCAGGACGAGAAAUCGUCCAAGAUAAACGAGCCCAUGUACGGUCAGCCCAUCUGCACGGCAGUCCAGAUUGCCCUGGUCGAUCUCCUUCGCCACUGGGGCAUCACUCCGUUGGCCGUAGUCGGCCAUUCGAGCGGCGAGAUUGCGGCCGCAUACGCCAAGGGCGCGAUUUCUCGCGAGGAUGCCAUGACGAUCGCCUACCAUCGAGGCCGUCUCUCCAACCUGCUCUCUGAGCUCCCGCCCCGGCUCCGGGGCGGCAUGCUGGCCGCGGGCGUGGGCGAAGAGGAGGCCCGGCCUUAUCUUGAGAAAGCUACCAAGGGCCAGGCCGUCGUGGCGUGCAUCAACAGUCCCUCCAGUGUGACAAUCUCGGGUGAUUUGGCUGCAAUUCUGGAGAUCGAGGCCAUGAUGAAAGCCGACGGCCGGUUUGCUCGCCGACUCAAGGUGGAAACCGCCUACCACUCGCCGCAUAUGCGCGGCAUCAGCGCGCAGUACCGGGAUUCGCUCGAGAAGAUCCAGCCACUGCCAGAGGAUGACCAAGCGCCCAGGAUGUUCUCGAGCGUCACGGGCGGACUUGUUGAUAACUCCCACCUGGGACCCGAGUACUGGGUGUCCAACAUGCUCAACCCCGUGCGUUUCUCCCAGGCAGCCCAGGCGCUUCUGGAACACUCGGAGAACCGCAAGCGAAAGCGGGCCAAGGUCAAGCCGUAUGUCGAUGUCCUGGUGGAAGUCGGCCCUCAUAGCGCCCUCCAGGGCCCCAUCAAGCAAAUCCUCAGCGCGGCCGGCGCGGACUGCCUGUCACUGUCCGUCUUGACCAGGGGUCAUGACGCUGCCCGUUCAACGCUCGAGGUCGUGGGCCGCUUGUUCCAGCAGGGAUAUCCCGCCCGGAUCGGAGCAGCGAAUACACCAUGCCAGGGCACCAGCAAGCCAAAGUUGCUCGUCGACCUGCCCCCAUUUCCCUGGAACCACACAAACAAGUACUGGCACGAGUCCGCGCUGGCGUACAACUAUCGAUUCAAGAAACUGCCCCGCAAGGAUCUUCUUGGCCUUCUGGACGACGAGGGAAACCCGUCCGAACCUCGCUGGCGCAACUUCUUGCGUCUAUCGGAGAACCCGUGGAUCGAAGAUCACUCCGUCCACAACACCCUUCUGUAUCCCGCCGCGGGCAUGAUGGUGAUGGCCUUGGAAGCGGCGGCGCAGAUCGCUGAUCCGGACCUGGAGGUCGACGGUUACGAGUUGCGAGACAUUGUUGUCGGGAACGCGCUCAUCGUGCCUCGCGAUGAGGAAGGGGUUGAGACGAUGCUGCACCUCCGGCCGUGGCGGAUGGGUUCACAAGCGACCACCUCGGCAUGGCACGAGUUCACGAUCUACUCGCGACCCGGAAGGGAGGCUUGGUCGCAGAACUGCACGGGCUUGUUGACCGUCCGGUACAAGAAUGGUCCGCCAAACUCCAUCUUUGCCGACGAGACCCGGCUGUCGAACGCCAUGCACCGGGAGCGAUACGAGCAGGCAUGCCGGGAAUCCACGACUUCCGAGUCGGCCCAGCAGUUCUAUGACCAUCAGUUUGAGAUCGGGCUCCAGCUUGGCGAGACAUUCCGCAAUCUAGUCGAGAUCAACAAGGGCGAGAAUCAGAGUGCCUGCGUGGUCCGGAUCCCGGACAUGGCCAGUACGAUGCCGCACAAUUUCAUCCACGACCACGUCAUUCACCCCUGCACGCUGGACGCGAUCGUCCAAACGCUGCUGCCGACAGUCGAAGGGCCCAAUGAAAAGAUGAAGGUGGCCGCAAUCCCGACGUACAUUGAGCGGCUGUUCGUCUCGGCGGACAUUCACUCCACGCCAGGGGACAUCUUCCAGACGUACAGUCUGGCCGGCUACACGGGUCUGAAGGAAGCAGAGGCCUCCGUCUAUGCGUCGACCAAGGGCUGGGAGAAGCCUCUGGUUAUAUUCGAGCGGAUUCGGGCCACACGCCUCUCCGCCAUGACUGAUGUGGCCGCGGCUGGGGAGGCGAAGGCCCGUCUGCGCAAGAUCGCGGGUGAGUUUCGGUGGAAGGAAGACAUUUCGAACCUGGAGAACGACGACAUCCAGGCGUUGUGUGCGGCUGGAACCGCUUCUCCACUUGUGAAUUUCCUGCAACUGGCGGCGCACAAGAACCCAGCCAUGAAGAUCUUAGAAGUAGGCGCGGGCGACGCGGUCGUGACGGAGCAGAUUCUGAACGCUCUCGCCGGCAGGAACGGAGAGUCGACGCCAUGGUUCGCAUCUUACCUGGCCACGGCAGCUAAGCAGGACGCGGUCAAUGAGAUGAAUGCCAAGUUCGGCAUAUGGGAACCGUACGUGGCAACAAAAGUGCUGAGGAUUGAUCACGAUCCCGUGGAACAGGGCCUGCAGAAGGGCAAUUUCGACUGUAUUGUGGUGACGGAUCUCUCUACGGCAGCUUCAUCUCUGGAAGAUGCCAUCAUAAAUGUCCGGCUCUUGCUCAAAGCCGGUGGCAAGCUGAUCGUCUCUGGUCCCGAGGCAUCGACUCUGGAAGAAGCCACGCUGUGUGCUCACGACUUCAGCGGAGCUGACUGUUUCUGGCCUGCAGAACAAUCUUCCCCCGUCUUGCUCUCCACGGCACAGGGAGCAGCCGUCCGGGAUGUACCAAGCGACGUGCUCAUCAUCCAGUCCAACAACCCCAGUGCACAAGAAAGGGCGCUUUCGAACAAGCUCGCGGGCCAAAUGGAAAGACUGGGAGUUUCUGUUUCGACCAGCCGCUUCGAUGGAGUGCGCGAUAUGGAGUUCUCGGGGAAGGCCUGCAUCAUGCUCGCCGAACUCGAGACGCCCUUGCUCUUCGGGAUCGGAGCUGAUGAUUUCAAAACGGUGAAGAGCAUCAUCUUGGAUUCAGCCAGUCUGACCUGGGUCACCUGUGGCGGAACCAUCGACUGCGAGAACCCGGGUCUGUCGUUGAUCACCGGCCUGUCGCGAACCAUUCGUCAGGAACAACUGGGCAUUGCCUUCUGCACCGUCGACCUCGACCCGGCCAUUCCGGUAGAUACAGACACCAACGCCAGCUUCGUCAUCAAAGCCAUGCGCGAACUGUCCGUCAUGGAAGGGGACCGCGAGUUUGCCGUCCGGGCGGGCCACAUGAUGGUUCCCCGCGUGCAUCUGGAACAGGGGACCAACGACCUGAUCUCGUCCAUGACCGUCGAGCGCAAACCGGAACUCGCGCCGUUUAAGCAGCCGGACCGGGCGUUGACACUGACCAUCGGGGUGCCGGGGAUGAUGGAUACUCUCUUCUUCAAAGAUGACGAACGCUAUCGCCAACCGCUGAAGGACGAGGAUGUCGAGAUCGAGGUGCGGGCCAGUGGGCUGAACUUCAUGGACAUCAUGGUGGCUAUGGACCAGAUCCAAGAACCGGCCGUCGGUCUGGAGUGCAGCGGCGUCGUGACGCGAGUUGGACCGGCGGUGACCAAGUUCAAGCCCGGCGAUCGAGUGAUGACAUGGCUGCUGGGUGCCUUCAGCAACUACGCCCGCAAUGCGGAAUCGAUGUUCCAGCCGAUCCCGAUUGGCAUGACGUUUGAGACGGCGGCAUCGAUCCCGAUGAUCUACUGCACGGCCUACCAGGCGCUGGUAGAGGAGGCACGCCUGCAGAAGGGGGAGAAAGUGCUCAUCCACGCGGCUGCUGGUGGUGUCGGCCAGGCAGCUGUGAUGAUCGCGCAGCAUGUUGGGGCCGAAGUGUUUGUGACGGUGGGUUCGCAGGCCAAGAAGAAGCAUCUCAUGGAGCACUACGACAUCGCGGAGGAUCACAUCUUCAACAGCCGCGACCUCAGCUUUGCCGAGGGAGUGAUGCGAGUGACGAGCGGAAGGGGGGUUGACGUGGUGCUGAACUCGUUGGCGGGUGAAGCGCUACGACAGUCCUGGCUGUGCCUGGCGUGGUUCGGACGGUUUGUCGAGCUGGGCAAGAAGGAUAUCACCGGAAAUACGGGACUUGACAUGGGUCCUUUCUUGAAAAACGUAUCGUUCCACUCGGUCAAUGUGAUCGGGACGCUGCGCGAGAGCAUCCAGCGGGCAUCGCAGCUGUUCGAGAAGACGAUGGCGUUUAUGCAUGCCAAGCAUUGCCAACCAGUUGUUCCCAUCAACGUGAUGAGCUAUUCUCAGAUCGAGGAAGGAUUCCGCCUCCUCCAGAGCGGCAAACACAUUGGAAAAGUGGUUUUCAAGGUGCACGACGACGACAGGGUCAUGACGGUGCCUCGCCCGGUGAAGGCGGCUGAAUUUGAUGCCAACGCGACGUACGUUCUGAGCGGUGGUCUUGGGGGACUGGGCCGCAGUCUGUCACUGUGGAUGGUCGACCACGGCGCCAGGAACCUGGCGUUCUUGUCUCGAUCGGGGGCCGCGAAGCCGGAAGCGCAGGCGUUGCUCAACAAGCUGGCCGAGGAGGGGGUGCGGGCAGUGGCCUAUGCCUGCGAUAUUGGAAAUGCGGAGGAGGUCCAGACAGCAAUUACUCGGUGCCAGGAAGAGAUGCCUCCGAUCCGGGGGGUUAUCCAGGCGGCCAUGUCGUUGGCUGAUGCUGCGUUUACACAAAUGACCCCGGAGCAAUGGUCGCUGAGCGUGAAUCCCAAAGCUCCAGGAACGUGGAAUCUCCACCGCUUCCUGCCCAAGGACAUGGAUUUCUUUGUCAUGCUCUCGUCGUCAUCCGGCGUGGCCGGGACUCGUGGGCAGGCCAACUACGCGGCUGGCAACACGUUCUUGGACGCCCUCGCUCAUCACCGACACGCGCGCGGUCUUCCUGCGGUCUCGUUCGAUGUCGGCCCCGUCACCGGGAUUGGAUACGUGGCGGAGAACUCGGAACUGAUCGACAGUCUCGCUGCGCAGGGCUAUGUGGCGCUGAAGGCGGACGAAUUCAUGGCGGUGCUGCAGGCCGCCAUCACGGGGGAGACGGUCAACGGACAGGCCACGCCGCGACAGGUCAUUACAGGGUUUGCCACGGGAGGGUACGUGGCCGCGCAAGGCUGGGAGCAUCCAUACUAUCUGGACGACGCCAAGAUGACGCACAUCGUGCACGUCGAUGCGGCGGAAGCAGCGGGGUCGGCCGACUCGGGCCUGGGCUGGCAGACGCAGCUGGGCCAGAUCAGCAGCGUAAGCGCGGGGGCGGAUCUCGUGGCAGCCGCGCUGGGCGCGAAGCUGGCCAAGCAGAUGAUGGUGGCAGCGGAGGACAUCGACCCGUCGAAGCCGGUCAGCGCGUACGGCGUCGACAGCUUGACGGCGGUGGAGAUACGGGCGUGGAGCUUCCGCGACCUGCAGGCGGACAUAUCCAUCUUCGACAUUAUGAGCAACGUGCCGAUCGCGACGCUGGCGCGGACGAUCGUGAGCAAGUCGAAGUUUGUGCCGAAGGGAGUUGUCGAGGCUGAUAAUUAA